CUGCUUCUCCCAACGUCGCCACCAACCAUGGCCUCGUCGACGGGAAGGAGAUCAGCGGGAAGAGGCAGAGCCCGGUACAGCCCCGAGACCCGGGAGGUGCUGAGAGCCCUGAUGGAGGAGUCGAAGCUGACGAGUUUCCAGAGGCGAUGCCUGAUGGACUGCCUGAGGCGGGGAGAUUCUCUGCCCCUCCAGUGCCACCCCACCUCCAGCCAAGAACCAGUGCCCUCACCUCCUGCUUCCUUCCCACCAUGCCAUCAGCCAAGCAAGCUGUCAGCUAAACCCCAUCUUCGGCCUGCUGAGGUCUGCCGGGCAGGAGAUGCCUACACCCGAGAGAAAUUCAAGCCACAGGCAAGGCGAGAUUUGGAAAAGGAGAAGCAGAGGCUCCAAAAUAUCUUAGCAACUGGGAAGGAUGUGGUGGAGCACCGAGCAAAACAGAAACUGGUUCAGACAAAGGAAGAGGAGAUGCCUGAGCUUGACCGCUUUGAAGAACUGGUGAAUGAAGUUCGGGAGAGGAGGGAGUUUCUGGCAGAGAUGGAAGCCCUAGGACAGGGCAAGAAGUAUCAGGGAAUUAUCUUCACUGAAAUCUCACAGAAAAUACGGGAGAUGGAGAUCAUUGACAAGAAGAGAAGUGAGGAAGUGAAAGAGAUCGUGACAAAAGACUUUCCUAGUGGGAACAAAUCUGGUGUCCUCGACUAGGCAAGGGAAAAAACACAAGUGCAGUUUGUUCCCAACUCUUCUCCCAGGCCCUGGGCAUUGGUGUCUCAAGGCCUGUGCCUUGCCCAUCUCCUUGUGGUUCCCCUGAAGAGGGGGCAGUGUGACCUGUUGCCUAAAGCCAGAAGGCAGGAACGAUUUGCACACAGCUUGUAAUAGAAGCAAGCUGCUAUAAAUCCUCCCCAUGCUCUGGAUCCCUUCACACUUUACAACCUUAAAUAGAUGAAAACACAGUAGCAGCUAUUAAAGCACAACAAAGAAGA